GAGAUCAUAAAAGAGCCGGCUGGAGGAGAGAAGUGCUCACACUCAGCCCGACAGGAGACACAGAGGAGACCUGCUGCCUUCUCUGAAUUUUAGAACACUUUAACAGAUGUUUAUUGUUCCCCUGAUAAACCAGGAACAAGGAGGGGACUCUGUGCUUUCCAAGUAACUCUCAAUGGCACUCAUUCUUCUGAGAAUCUUCUUUUUGCCAGCAUAAAGGUGGCUCCAUCAGUUUGGGCUGAGGUUUGACGCAUGGACAGUGCAGGACGCACUCUUCCUACUGACAAUUCCCCCCUUUUAGACACAAAUUAAAUAUAUUUUUGAGGAGGUUUAUAUAUAUAAUUUUUUUAUUUAUUCUUAAACGGCGGUAUUAUUUCGAGGAUGCUUGUCUCCACUUGGAAUAGAUGUUGCGUUGUGUUGUUCCUCGUCGCCUCAGUGAAGACCGGCGCAUCCCAGGCAUCAGAGGCACGACCGAAGGCGAACUCCAUUAAGCCCGGGGUUUUGGAAGAGACGCCACUAGCAGCUGUGAACCGCUCCGCUCCUGUCACCAAGAAACACAAGAGCCACCCACAGCAGGUGUAUCCGUGCAGCAAUGACAAAGAGUGCAGCGUGGGCAGCUACUGCCACAGCCCUCAACAGGCUUCGUCUCGUUGCCUCGCCUGCCGCCGGAGGAAGAAGCGCUGCCAACGGGACGCCAUGUGCUGCCCUGGGAACCGCUGCAGUAACUACAUUUGCGUCUCCAUCUCUGAGAGUGUCCUCUCUCCUCACAUCUCAGCAUUAGAUGAUCACAGCACAACAUCAACCAAAGACCAGAGCUGGAGGAGGAAAGGGAAGGCACAAGCUAAACACACUCCUAAAGGUCACGAGGGCGACCCUUGCUUACGCUCGUCUGACUGUUCAGACGGCUACUGCUGCGCUCGCCAUUUCUGGACAAAAAUCUGCAAGCCGGUGCUGAGGCUGGGAGAGGUGUGUACCAAGCAGAGGAAGAAAGGCUCUCACGGCUUGGAAAUCUUCCAGCGCUGCGACUGCGCCAAGGGCCUCUCCUGCAAGGUGUGGAAAGACGCCACCUCCUCGUCCAAGUCCCGACUGCACAUGUGCCAGAAGAUCUGAAAGCCAUAGGCGUUGAGGCCUCUGUCUCCAUCUGCCACGGAAAGUUUUCUUUUUUACUUUUUUUUUAAAGAAUGGGUUGUGGCUUUAUUGAAAAAGGAGCAAAAGACAGAGACUAACCAGAGACAGAACAAACUGCGUGGGUUCAAGCUCAGCAAGUGGGGAGCAAAUGGAAAUGCUCUAAUGUGUUUUUUUUUUUUUUUUUUUUUUUUUUUUUGCUGUGAGUGGCUCGUCCCUUCACUCAAACUCAAGCACACAUCCUCAAAAACAAACACAAACACUCAAGCACACAAUCCGCCCAGCUUUGAGAGAUAAAUGAGCCUGUGCCUGUUAAAAAACAUAUUCUUUACGUGACAUUCAGGGAGCCACAAACACAGGCAGCAGACGCUGUUCAAGGUGUGAAGCCAACCAAUGUAGCAGCCUUUAAUUAAGCUAAAACUUCUAUGUACAGCCAUAAGGUGCAUAUUCUAUACCAGCUUUUAAAAUCAGUUAGUUGAAGUCAUCUGGCACCCAAAAUUCCAUCUUUCAUUUUAGAUCAGUUUUUUGUUUGGGGGGGGUGGGGGUCAGAUUUUAAAAUUCAUUUUUCAAACUUUUGUUUGUGUGAAAUCUCAAAGGAUUCAACGAUUGUUCUGAAAACUACCCAAAACCACAGUCCACAUCUGUUGAACUGCACAAAGAGCCACUCGCGUGCGCCGUUAACUCGCUUACAUUUAACACCUAAUCCUCAUAAACCAAAGAUUAAAAGAACAUUCGUGUUGGAGUUGAUGACUUUCAUCUGGUCGCAUGUGCUCUUCGUCUGCUUUUUCUUCCUUUUUUUUCCCUUCUUUGUCUUUUUUUAGCCAAGAGACGAGAGAUAAAGUGUUGUGUUUGUGCCGGGAACCUUAUUUGAUCUGUUAGCUGCAGCUGUGAUCGGCUGUGAUGCAACCGAUGUGAGUUCAAACAGCCUGUGUGAGGUAAGAGAGCGCCCUGCUGCAGACAUACUGGUACCGGUACCAGACAGAAAACGAGCUCUGCUUUUCCAAUCAAACCGACGCAAGGAUGUGAGGAACUGCAGGGAUUUUUGUUCCAUUUUGAAAGUAAGCAGGAAUGGAGAUCCAGACUGAAUCCAGUUUGGUUUGUUUGAUGGCGCAGUGCCCUCUUUUAUGUUUCAGAUUUUUAAAUAUGACUGAAAACUUUCUUUCAUCGAGAAAUUUCAAUAACAUGCUUUUUACUCCAAACAAUGCUAAUCCUUUAAACAACCACUCAUAAUGUCACAUUAGUCUCUUUUUUUCUUUUUUUUUCUUUUUGGGGAAGGGGGGGGGGUUUAAUAUAUUUUCAAAGUCUUAUAUUUUGUAACCAUUUAAAAUAUCAAUAAGCUUUUAUGUGUAAAUAGACUGAAAGUGGUGUAUUUAAGAGUCAUUGUAUAUCAUGUACAUAUAGUGUAUGAAUGCUAAAUGGUACAGUGAAAUUAGACAAGGGGAGCUAAACUGGACAAAAGGUGUGUGUGUGUGUGUGUGUGUGUGUGUGUGUGUG